CCCCGUCCCCGUCCUCGGGGCCUUCUAUAUGGGCCACCUUCUCUCGAAAGAACCGCGUAACCGCCCGAGCCAGAAGAGGCCUCGCUGUUGCAGCUGGUGCCGCCGCCGCCGCCCUCUCCUCAGACUGCCCCGCCGGCCCCCGGCCAAGGCGCCCCCUCAGGCGGCGGCGCCCCGGAGCCGGGACUGCUUCUUCCGCGGGCCCUGCAUGCUCUGCUUCAUCGUGCACAGCCCCGGCGCGCCCGCCCCCGCCGGCCCAGAGGAGGAGCCGCCGCUUUCGCCGCCGCCGCGGGACGGGGCCUACGCCGCCACCGCCUCCUCGCAGCACCUGGCGCAGCGCUACGCGGCCCUGGCCGCCGAGGAUUGCGCCGCUGCCGCCCGCCACUUCCUACUGUCCUCGGCCGCCGCCGCCGCCGCUGCCGCUGCUUCGGCCUCGUCGCCCGCCUCCUGCUGCAAAGAGCUGGGGCUGGCCGCGGCCGCCGCCUGGGAGCAGCAGGGCCGGAGCCUCUUCCUGGCCAGCGUGGGGCCCGUGCGCUUCCUGGGGCCGCCCGUCGCCGUGCAACUCUUCCGGGGGCCGUCGCCGCCGCCGCCGCCGCCGCCACCGCCACCGCCGGCCGAGGCCCCCACGCCCCCCGAGAUGGUGUGCAAGCGGAAGGGGGCCGGGGUGCCCGCCUGCACCCCCUGCAAGCAGCCCCGCUGCGGCGGCGGGGGCUGCGGCGGCGGCGGCGGGGGAGGGCCUGCGGGGGGAGGUGCCUCGCCGCCGAGGCCCCCAGACGCCGGCUGCUGCCAGGGCCCGGAGCAGCCCCCACAGACGCUCUGUCCUGGGCCCUCCUCCCCCACUUCUGAAGGUGUCACUACAGAGGCGGUCGGGGGCGCUGUCCGAGCGGGAGGCGGCGCUCCCUUGCCAGCCCAGAAGCAGCACGAAUGUGGCGACGCGGACUGUCAGGAGCCCCGCGAAGUCCCCUGCGACUGUUACAAGGAGCCACCCCCGGAAACCCCAGACAUCAAUCAGCUGCCGCCGUCCAUCCUGCUCAAGAUAUUUUCCAAUUUGUCCCUGGAUGAGCGUUGCCUUUCCGCAUCAUUGGUUUGCAAGUACUGGCGUGAUCUUUGUUUAGAUUUCCAGUUUUGGAAGCAGCUGGAUCUUAGUAGUCGUCAGCAGGUCACUGAUGAAUUAUUGGAAAAAAUUGCAUCAAGAAGUCAAAAUAUAAUUGAAAUAAACAUUUCUGAUUGUCGCAGCAUGUCUGACACUGGCGUGUGUGUUUUAGCAUUUAAGUGUCCUGGACUUCUUAGGUAUACAGCCUACAGGUGUAAGCAGCUUUCUGACACCUCUAUUAUUGCGGUUGCCUCUCAUUGUCCUUUACUUCAGAAAGUGCAUGUAGGCAACCAGGACAAACUUACUGAUGAAGGACUCAAGCAGCUGGGCUCAAAAUGCAGAGAACUCAAAGAUGUUCAUUUCGGCCAGUGUUACAAGAUCUCAGAUGAAGGCAUGAUCGUCAUAGCUAAGGGGUGUCUGAAAUUACAAAGAAUAUACAUGCAGGAAAACAAAUUAGUGACAGAUCAAUCAGUGAAAGCCUUUGCUGAGCACUGUCCUGAACUUCAGUACGUUGGCUUCAUGGGUUGUUCAGUCACUUCUAAAGGAGUUAUCCACCUAACCAAGCUAAGAAACCUUUCCAGCUUGGACCUGCGUCAUAUCACUGAACUGGAUAAUGAAACCGUGAUGGAAAUUGUCAAGAGGUGCAAAAAUCUUAGCUCUCUCAAUCUCUGUCUGAACUGGAUCAUAAAUGACAGGUGUGUAGAGGUCAUUGCAAAGGAAGGACAAAACCUGAAAGAGCUGUAUCUGGUGUCCUGUAAAAUCACAGAUUAUGCACUGAUAGCCAUUGGAAGGUACAGCAUGACAAUAGAGACUGUGGAUGUCGGAUGGUGUAAAGAAAUUACAGAUCAAGGAGCCACCCUGAUUGCACAGAGCAGCAAGUCUCUGAGAUAUUUGGGGCUGAUGAGAUGUGAUAAAGUCAAUGAAGUGACAGUGGAACAGCUGGUGCAGCAGUACCCCCACAUCACCUUCAGCACUGUCCUGCAGGACUGCAAGAGGACCUUGGAGAGGGCCUACCAGAUGGGCUGGACCCCCAACAUGUCUGCUGCCUCCUCCUAACACUCCUGCCUACGCGUGGGUUGACUCUGAUCAGUCAGCAGGGCAGAGAGGAAUUGUAGAUUAGGGGUGGGUGAUCUCUUGGAAAGGUUUUAACUGUCACCUGUCUGCGUGUGUACUCGAGUGUGUAUAUUUGUGUCUCCUUGGCCUACUGCAUAGCAUACACACAAUUGUUAUUUGUUCCCAGGUGAGCAGGUUUGGCUUGGUUUUGUGGGGUUUUUUUCCAAAAUUAAAGACUUUAAAAGCCACAGACCUCUUAGUUUAAAGUUUGAAGGCUUAUUUCUCUAAAAAAAAAAAAAAAAAGUUUUUUUAAUGUAGAAUCAAAAAAAUUGAUGUAUUAUUUCGAGCUUCCACUUACUGCUUCUUAGAGAUACCCAAAAAAGAAGUCAGCCUUCUUUUCUGAAGUGAUAGGAUUGUGGAUUUCUACCGGUUAUGACCAGGCACGGAUGUUGCACUAAUUAGGAGCCUGGAAACCAGAACUUCUUAGAAAUUCCAAGCACACGCACAUGCAGACACUCGCAGUCUCUCACGUUCGUGCAUGCGUGCACCUGCAUGCAUACACAGACCAGGAUGGUUUCUUUCUAGAUCGUUUCUUGACAGACAGGCCCUCCUCCAGGCCACUAAGGGAGCAUUUUAUCCACUGUGUCUGUGCCUGACUCAGUGUUUCCACAGGUGCCCGACUUGCUCUCUGGUGGGUAACUUAGUGACUAGAAAGAAUAAAGCCUUUUGUAAAUUUUUUGUACGAAGUCAACGAUCUAAACUCCCCUGGCCAGCUGACAAAAGUUAAUUAUGCGUAUUCUGCAAAUGCAUUCUGUUGAGUAAUAAACAUUUUAGUUGAGUUUUACGUUAACAUUGUAUUAGCUUUUAUUUCACAGAUAAAAAAAACUGGUCAGGAUAUAUUUUAAUGAUAUUUGGAGCUAAUCUUAGCAUUAUCCCACACUGAAGCCACCAAUGUAAUUAAUGGUGUGCAGUUAGUAAAAGCAAAAAAAAUCUGCAGAUCAUUUAAUUAUUUUGUUAAUUUUCGUAAUUAUGAAAGUAUAUUUUUUAGAUUUGGAGGUAGUCACAUGAAUAGAUUAACGAGUGAGAUAUAAGUAGACAAUCCUUCUAUUGAUUUUGUUUGUCUUGCUUUGCCUUGGGUUUUAGAACAGGUUAUUCGGGUAUAUGCAUGUUACCACUUCUUGAAUAGUUCUUAGGCGACAACAGAGAUCUAUUGCUGGCUAACGUAUGAGUUAACAAGAAAAAAUGGAACACCUGUUCAUUAAAAUGCUUUUUACACUUGUCAGAAAUAAGCAUUUCUUUCAUUUAAUUAAAGAUUGCCGGCUUUUGGUGGAGACAGUACCUAUCAGUAAAUGCAUAUAUGUUUUGAUUUCACUCAUCUUUACAAUUAAUUCAUAGUAGGGACUCAGGCUCCAAUAACCUUUCCUGUGUCUGCAUUUAUAAUAAGACAGCAGGGAGCAUUUUUAAGAUAAAGAGUGAUUAUCUUUCACAGUAGAGCUGGAAACAAAACGCUGACUUGUGAACUUGCUAUUUGUUAUUUGGUCUUUAACAGUUAAACUGAGGUUGGAACUUCAUUUUCUGUAAGUCCCAAUAUUGCUAAAAUGAUACUAGCUAUGAGAAACAAAAGAUAGAUUUACAUUUGAAUGUUAUUCACUUAUUUAUAAUGACUUCUUUUUUGUAAACAACUGUUUCCUUUGAUUAUGUCAACAUGUUUCUGAUGUGGCAUUUUUUGUUUUUAAUUCAAAUCAGUUAGGAAAAUCUAGUCAGUAAGUAUCAAGGGUAUUUUUGCCAUAACUGUGUUAUUAAUUUAAUUUGAAGGGAAUAAAAUUUGUGUAAGAAAAAAGCUCUUCUCCAUUAAUAACCUGUGUUUCUUCUUGGACAUUGAACUGUAUGGUUUUCAUAUUCACCUCCCCACCACUGAAAAAUAUCUUAUUUCCCAAUAUUUUAACUGGUUUUUAAUCCAAAACUAAUUUAUAAGACAGUAUGUAUAGUACUAGUAGCUUGAGUGAAUAAGCAAAAGUUUAAUUUUUAUAUAUGUCACACUAUAUUUUAAAUAGUUAAAAAAAAAGAAAGAAAGACAAAAGAUGGGAGCACCAUCUCUGAUACAGAUGGUGCCAUUUCAGUUCAAAGUUGUAAUAAUCUUUGGAGUGUUACAGUUUGGUUGUCAAAUGGUUUCGGAAGUGCAUAAUUGAUUUUUUUAAAUGUUGCGUUGUCUGAAUCUAAAGUAUAGCACUAUAACAUGCUUUAGCUUGGGGGGUUGGGUGGGGGGACUUGCACUUAUUCUUUAAAAAUGUUGACUAAUCCAGAAAGCCUGAUGCAUCCUAACCUAGAAAACUGCUUUGGUACAUUUGUAGAAAUCUGUAGAAAUAUGUAUCCAGCCUCAAAGUAUUAAUCUCAACAAAACAACCAGAAAAGCAUCGCCCUGAGUGAUCCUGUGAUGGGUGUGGAAUGUGUUCUCAUUAGAUGCUUCGAAAUGAGGCUUAAAAUAAUUUUUCUGGGCAAUAUAGAGUUUCUUUUUUUUUGCUUAGGAUGUCAUAAAUACAUGUGAACACACAUAAUGCAGGGCUUUUCAUCCUCUCCAAAAUGUCAACAGUAUUUUCAGAAUAAAGACUAUGAAAUAUAUUGCUGUAGUGGAAAA